CAGUGGCAGCCGCGACGCCGCCGCCGCUAGAAGAGCGGUCGAGGUGGAGCGCGCGAGCCUUACUGACGUGGUGGCGGCGCCGGCGCGUGAUGCGCCGCCAUGCCCGUACGACACCGCGAACUCGGCGACGAGCUCGCACCACCGGAGCCCAAGCGCUGCAGACACUGCGACGAAAGCCGUUCAUCGUGCGGCGGAGGCAGCGGCUCGGAGGGCUCGGAGGAGCGAGCGUCGUGGCGCGUUACGCUGGAUCACGACCUGGUAGAGACGCUGAGCGCCAUAUACCCGGAGUGGUUCAAGCCGCAGCACCGGCGAGAGCGCAGCCGCGCCGCUUCUCCUACCUCGCCCGCUUCGCCGCCGCGCACGCCAGCUACACCUUCGGACGACACCUUCAGUUCUGGUGCGGAGGAGAUGGCUGGACGUCAGGCGAGCGGCAGCGGUGCCAGCGAGCCGCCCAGCUCGCCGAGGGUGUCGCCGCCGAAGGUGGUCGUCGACGACAGCCCCCUACAACCGGCUAUGGGCAAACACAAAGAAUCAUUGAAAGUAAAGCUGAUGAUGCGACGACCCAUCACACAGCUAGUGGCACAAGGAAUUAUGCCCCCUUUAAAAACACCUGCGGCAUAUUUUGAACAAUGCAAACAGUUGGAAAGAGCAAAAACUGGAGAUUUACUGAAAGCGAAGAUCCAACGACGACCUGAUCGUCAAGAACUUGAACGAAGACACAUUUUGGAACAAGAAAGCCAUGUGGAUCCCAGUCUAGCAGAAAAACAGCGAAUGUUAAAGAAAGCACGACUUGCAGACCAGCUGAAUGAUCAAUUAUCUCAUCGACCUGGACCCCUUGAGCUCAUUAAAAAAAAUAUAUUACAUACGGAAGAAAAUAUUGAGACUGCAGUCAAAAGCGGUAUUCUUGCAUUUAAGGCUACUAGCGAAGGUGCUUCUGGACGUCCUCAACAUCCAUCCUCGUACUGCGGACCGCCGGACGAAGUAUCACCUUCACCUUCGCCACCAUCCACUCUCUCACCUGUAAGUGUUGCUUCACCACCACAACACCCUGCACCAGGCAAAGAUAAAAAUCGCAAAAAGAAUAAGCAAAAACAACAACCUAAGGCUCGAUUUAAGUUUCAUGAAUAUAAAGGUCCUCCAAAUGCCCAAAAGUCGUCAUCUCCGCCAGGCUCCGUUGAGACUCCUUACGAACUUCUAUUACAACAACAACAGUUGCUUCUUCAAUUAAUGCCAGCAUCGCCUGCUGCAUCUAUUGCGUCAGAUUCUUCCGAUGCCUACACAGUACCCCCACCUCCUCCACCGCCGCCAGCGCCGAUCACUCCUCUAAUGCCUAUUGCCCGUUUCGAAGACAUGAAAGUGUCUGAUCUUCGUGCAGAAUGCAAACGUCGCAAUUUGCCCGUAUCUGGACCUAAACCACAAUUGAUACUCAGGCUGCGACCAUUCCUAGAAAAACAAGAAGAUCCACCUCGUUCACCUGCAUCUGUUACUUCUAUCGCAUCUAUUGCGUCUGUUACAUCACCGGAUGUCAAAAUAGAAUCGGAUAAUUCAGAGGAUAUAGUUCAAUCACAACGACGACAAAUUGAAGAUCUUGAGCGGAAAUUAGAAGCAUCGCGGCAACAAAUGGAAGCAGUCCGCCGAGAAGCGGCGGGCGCUGCUGCCAGCGACCAAAGUCGACGGCUUUUACAAGCGCAUAUUUAUAUGUCGCAACUGCGAGCACAGCGCGACGCGUUGCAACAGCCUCCGGCGCCGACGCCUGCACCUUCGCGAUACGUAAUCGCCGCUUCCUCUGAUGCAGCACCCGACCGUCUUGUAAGUCUCUUUACUGUAGCCUCCUCGCCUGCUACCACCAGUGACGGAACAGCUGACUCUACACCUCAGAAAACGGCCAAUCCUGCUUACAUACUCAACGGUGUAAAGGUGGUACCCAUCGCAAUUUUGCCGACCGCGCACUAUGAGCCUGAGCGUGCAGUGUCUGUACCGCCACCUCCUCCACCUCCGCCACCGCCCCCCAUGCCACAAGUAGCCUUGAAUACGCCAUUGCACGAUUGUACUGAAGAUAGUCAAAUAAUGGAUGAUGUCCUUGAAAUUUUGGUAGAGAAUGGUGAGUUGCCGGCUUCGGCUGUGGAUGAUGCUACGACACCUCGUCCAAUUGAUAGCGAAUAUAUUACCGGACCUGACACGUUCUCUCCGACUGAUGUCCUAACUAACGACGUUCUCGACUCUACACACGUACGGGACUCGCUUGCAGCGGAGGAAUUACAGAGGGAACUGGAUGAUAUUCAGAAUGAAAUUCUUUGCCAUGCUGACUUACAUGCAGUAAACAACAUUAAUCAUUGCGACGUAGAUCCGACAGCAAACGACAUCGAGCCAGAUCUGAGUGUCGAAUUGUUGUCCAACGGGGAUUUUCAUACAGGUUUCGGCGUGACGGAUUCUUCCGUAAGCGAUCACGAUUUCCUCGGUAGCCUAUUAUCGGGUGAAAGCAACGAACGAACUGAGGGAAAAUCGCAGAUCGCUAUGGAUAUCGGUGAGGAGCCUUCGGAGAGAAUGAGUAUGACCCCGUUGACGAACGGCGAUAUUCUUGACUAUUCCAGGACGAGCUUCGAGUACAUGGAUGACUUGUCGCUACCAUCUUUUCAGAACGAGGACACUCGCAACGAAAUGUUCGAGGAGCGGCCAUAUGAGUUCGACCCUAAAGAGUUGGAGAUGGAGUCGAGCUCAAACAUGAACGUGGACGGCGAUGGAUACGAAUACAUGAGCACAGAGUUGUUCCCCAACCGUUUUGGCCGUGGCCCUGUGGCGCAAUGUGAUCCACUACUAGGCGGACUCGCCGCGCGUCCACCGCCGCGUCCGCAGCAUAAGCACUACUCCUGGGACCGCAUAGAAUAUGAUGCCACUUGACCCGCGAUAUCCCCCGCUCUACCAGGGCGUCGCUCUCUAAUGAUGCUUACCCUAUGAUCUCUAUAAUGUCUGUUUAUCCUUGUACCGAGUGAGUGAAUUCGUACUUCUAUUUACGGGGAAAAGGCGCGGCGAGCCGCUCGCAUGUUUCCAAUUCGAAUAACAAGUGAAUGUUGGUGCAAAGAUUUUACAGUAUAUUUUUUUUUUACAUCGACAGCCACUCAGUGGCUUUUCGAUUAACACGCUAGUCUCUUCAGUGACAUGUUCUUCCAGGAUGGUGACUUACGUUUUGUGAGAACAAAUAUAAUUAUUAUUGAUGUGAAACACAAAGUGUUGACAUUAAGUGAGGACUCGUUAGUCUAUAUAAUUAAUCGGUACUUAAUAGUCGGUACGAAGUAUUUGUGUCGCUAGUUGGUAAAUAGUUAUAUAAUCAUAUAGUUAGUGAGUGUUAACAUGCGUCGCCACCACGUGUACGCAGUAACAUACUUGGCUCACAUAAUAUAAAUCCAUUUUAUUUACUAUUUAUAAGCAUAUCUACUUAUGUAUAUAUUGAAAGUAAUAAUACUCAACAUAGUUGUGGAUUUCUGCAUUCCGCCCGAUGACUAUAACCUAGGGAAAAUUAUAAUAAGAAAACAUUUGUUGGGGCACAAAUUUCAAUCUAUGAGACACCUGGUUACGUACACAUCGUGUUAAUGAUAAUGCUAAUAAAAUGUAUAGAAUUGAUGUUGUGUCAGUUACUAAAACCAUGUAAUGCUAUCACAAUUGCUUGAUAGUUAUUUCCCAAAUCAAUAAGUGACAUUCCAGUCUUGUUGAAGUGCGAUAUUGGCACAAAAGCACGCGUCGCUCUCUUUAUCGAAUGAGUUUCAGUCAAUGUUCUUUUUUCACAGUGUAUAUUAGUUUUAUUAUGUGGAGUUAGUUAAAAGAAACAGAGAGCGAGGUGCACAUUCACAAGCCAUCGUCAUGGGUGGGACCAGCUUGGGAACAAUGUUAGAUACAAAUUCAUUUAGGUAAUGUAGGGAGCCGGCUCCUUGCUUACAAACAAUUAUGCAACAAUCUUUUAUUGACACUUGUUAUUUGUUCACUCUCCUUCCAUAUUACAAUCUUUAUAUAUAUAUAUAUAUAUUGUACUAAAUAUGGUAAUUACUAAAAUGAAUGUAAUUAUUAGCAUGGGCAAAAUAGAUACUUUGACUUAAUUUAUUGAAUGUUUGCUUUACCUAGAUAAAUUAUUAUAAAUAUUGUAAUAACAAAACAUUCUUGAAAAUGUAUCAUUCCAAUGUAUUAUCUAAAGUGUAGGAUAGGUGCACUAUUAUCAAUAAGUUCUCGUUUGAUUUUAUUAUCCUAGUUUCAUACUUAUAUAUUCUGCCAUUAGAUUGUAUGGGAUUGCUUGCAUAAUUGUUUGAAAACAUUAUUUAUAAUUUAUUUAUUUAUACCAUUAUUUCAAGUGUGCUUACAAUAUAUUGUCGAGCUUUUCAUUACUAUGUGUGAGUGUUUUCACUAAUGAAUUUACGUUUGUAUUAGAUUUAUCAUGGAUAGAUUUAUCAAAAAGCGAAAUGUGUAAAUCAAAAACAUAUUGCCAUUAUUUGCAUUUAUAUAUACUAUUUUAAAUCAUUUGACAAGUUACUACAACGAAUGUAAGGCGUUAUCGUCUUGUAUCUACGUGCCAAUUUGAUCCAUUAUUUUAUAAUUAUAACAAAAAUAAUGAUGUAAUAUUUCAGUAAAAAGUGGCAUUGAUUUUUUUCUGUAAUACAGAAUAAACUAUAAUAGUAUUCAGUUUACAUAGUUGUGGUCUGAGUAUAAUAUGUUGGUGGUUGAAUAUGUGGUGGUAUUUUAGAUAUCUAUUUAAAAUAUGACCACAUAUAGAUGGUGCUAUUUGUGUAAGUUGAUAUUAAAAUAUAUGAAAAAAAUAUAAAGGUUAUAGAAAGCGGCAAGUAACUUGAGCACAAUUUUAAUGCUACAAUAUGCACAGUAACAGUUUCACUAAAAGCGACAACUACAGAAAUUACAACGACUAUGGUUUUGUUCAAGUUGCUUGCUGUGAACUGUAUACGUAGUGUUCACACAAUGAAUAAAACAGUGCUGAAUGUCGUGUAACGAUCUAAAAUAAAAGUAAUGUUUUAGUUUUAUAAAUAUCACAAAAUCAAUUAUUUAUUACCUGUGUGGUUCCUACGUAAUUAUACCAAUGCGUAAAAUAAGUUAACAUACAGUCCAUAUAUGAUUGUCUAUAUUUAAUAAAAAAAAUGAGCUUCUAAUCUUAAUUCGUAGUAAUUUCGUUCAGUUUAAUAUGUAAACUGAUUUAAUAAUUCCAUUAAUAAUUAAAAUUUAACGAAACCUACUAGAUUUAAAUAUUUAUAAAAUCUAUUUGCUCAUUAUCGAAAUUGUACCUAUUCAUUUAGGCAAAUUCAUUUGAUGCUGGGAGUGAUAUAUAUUACAUAAUUUAAAAAUCGGGUUGUUGUCUUCAAUAGGUAUAUAAAAUUAUUUAUCAGUUAUGUAUAACAAAAAGUAUCUACCGAAUUAGUAUUUGACAGUAUAAAAUGACAAAUAUAAUCUUGUGCAGAAUAUACUUAUAUUAGGCACAAAUGUGAGCCACCUACUGUUUUUAUUUCAAAUCUAACAAACCUAUAUCAAAUUUGUAUCGUGUCUAUACUUAGGUGAGACAACAUCCUAUAUGAGAGGAAUUGUUAUUGAAACAAUAAAGUUCACUCCCGCGAUUCACAGGCCUAGUAUAUUUAACUAUAUAGCUUGGUAUUUACAUGUUUUAGUAUUUAGUUUAAAUCUAUUUAAUGAGAUACUAAGUGAGAUUAAUGUUUUGAUAAAGAUAGCGUAAUAUCUGCAUAUUUGUUAUUGUUGUAAUUAUUUUAGGAGAGUUUUUAAUAUUUGUUUAUAGUAGGUUAAAUUCCGAGUCUGGAGGUGACAGAUUGUGCUGAAUUAUAAUGAAUAAUAAAUUUUAGCUCUCUGCAAUAUACUGUGUAUGUAUUAACAUAACAUUGUAGUAAUUGGCUUCGUUGUAACACAUAUUUUAUUAACCGCACAUUGUAUUCAAGUCUAUGUAUAAUUAUACAUUUAACAUUCAGAAUUAUUAAGUCUAGAUCCGUAAGCAAUAUUUAAAAGGCCUAAGCCUUGUAGCAGAGCCAAGUAUACAAUAAUAGGUAAAUAUUAUGAUGUGAUAACCACAGGAGUCGGAUCUGUAGUAUAAUUGGAUAGUUUUUUUACCUUUCCCUAUAUUGAAGCCUUGUAAAUAUGGAUGAAGCCUUUACUAGCGUAAGGAAAGAAUGUUGAAUUAAAUUUUUUUGACACAA